AUGCAGUCCAUGAUUCCAGAAUAUGCUACGAUACGACCCAAGACCCCCUGUGAGCGUGCUAGAGAUGAUGUGAUAAAUGGCCUAAUUGAAGCCUUCAUCCCCACGUGUGACGCCGCUGGACAAUACACCCCUGAGCAAUGUUCCGGCUCUAAAGAUGCUACGAUACGACCCAAGACCCCCUGUGAGCGUGCUAGAGAUGAUGUGAUAAAUGGCCUAAUUGAAGCCUUCAUCCCCACGUGUGACGCCGCUGGACAAUACACCCCUGAGCAAUGUUCCGGCUCUAAAGGUCAAUGUUGGUGUGUGAACAGUUCUGGACGGAAGAUCCCGGGUACUGAGACUCGACCAGGCACUGCUAGAAUCAACUGUGCCACCAAGUAUGGUACGAUACGACCCAAGACCCCCUGUGAAGGUGCUAGAGAUGCCGCGACACAUGGCCUAAUUGGAGCCUUCAUCCCCACAUGUGACGCAGCUGGACAAUACACCCCUGAGCAAUGUUCCGGCUCUAAAGGUCAAUGUUGGUGUGUGAACAGUUCUGGACGGAAGAUCCCGGGUACUGAGACUCGACCAGGCACUGCUAGAAUCAACUGUUCCACCAAGUGUAAAUGAGGCCCUGUGGUCUUAUCCAACACCAUCACAACUU